AUGUCUAUCACUUCUACUUUUGCACCAUCUACUUCCAUUAAUAACAUCAAAAAUCUCACAUAUAAUAUUCUAAAAACCUUUAAGGAUGGAAUUAUUAAGAGUAAAAAAUUUACAAAAUUAGAGCAUUGUUCAGUAUGCAAAGAUGAAAUUAUUUCACAUUUUCUUAAAGCAUUCACAACAUUAUCUUGCGGACAUGGCUUUCAUAGAAUUUGUAUCAAAAAAAAACUUUUACUUACAAUUCCAAAUACAUGUUCAUUUUCUGGUUGUAGUGAAGAAGUUAAAAUUAUUGAAACAGAGCAUAGAAGGGGCUCUGAAUCAAGUACAUCAUUAGUAGUUAGAAGAAUAGAAAAACAUAACCAAAGCACUAUUUCUUCAGAAAAAGAAUCUCACAAAAGACCUAAUGAAGAUAUCACUAAAAAUAAACUUUCUGAUAGUAUUCCUGAAACUACUAUUCGAAAAAAAAAGAAGAACCUAAAAGAUUUUUCACCUAUUUA